AUGGACGAGCUGUUCUCUAAUCAAUCAACUGUGUACUUGGCAGAACCAUACAACGGCACAGUAAUCACCGAUGACUGCUACGGGGCCAUUACUCUGGAAGUCCUGACCCCAAGAGGACCCAUGAACAGUUAUAACUGCAUCAUGCUCGCAUGUAAUGACCAUCCAUAUCUACAACGACAAUACAUCCCAUCAAGAACAUACCUUCAACAGCACUCUACUGUUCGAGAAGACCAUCUAUGGAUCGGUGUCCACAUGGAGUGUGGUAUGCAGCGCAAGGCUACAGAGCGAGACUGGUUCUUGACCCUGAAGCACGCUAUUGAGCAAGGAAACUAUUCCAUCUCGAGGAAUCCGAGACGUGGAGGUGGAUGGUCUCGUACUUUUUGGAUGCAGAUCAGAGGAUACUUUAGAUAUUCGGACCAGAAUCUUAUUUCAGCAGCGAUUUGGAGACAUUUGGAUUUGUUGAUGCAGCUCAUUCACUAUGGUAUUAUUGUUAUCAAGAAGGAGAAGCUCAUUUCGAUCCAAGGUGGCAACUAUACAUUUUAUUGGGAUUAA